GCGGGUGGGCGGGGAGAGAGUGACGGUUCGAGGAGGGGGAGAAGCGCGGACAUGGCGGCGGCGUUGAGGAGUUGAGCAGUCGGGGUGGGAGCGGCACCGAGAGGCGGGACAACUCGACGCUGAUGGCGGAUCGGUUUGUUUCUGGUGGGAAAUGGCGUUGUGGCCGCACCUUCUCGAGCUGCUGGUGACCGGGAGCAGCUGUUUUGCAGAGAGAGAGAGAGAGAGAGAUGGAGCACUGGUGGGCAGCGCCUCCCCGUCUGUCCCCCCGUCCCCCGCUGCUUGUUUCUCAGCCCUGAGGUGAGCGGUGUCUGAGGCUGUGGCCUUCUCCGUCUGACGGCUGUUCAACAACAGCGUCUGCGCUCGAGGACCCGAUGACUGGAAUCCCAGAGAGACGACCGUCUUCCCGGGAAAAUGGGACAUGUGCUCAGAAGCGGAGCUCAGCCCCGGGUCAGACCGCGGUGGCUUUACCUUCGCUCACGCUGACCAGCACAGGCCAUCAUCACAACCACAGCCAUCAUAAUCCCGGCCUUUGACACCGCGGCUCAUCGCGUCAUCGAGACGUCUCGAAAGGGCUUCGCGGGAUACGCCGUGAGGUAAACACACCCAAUACUGUCAGCCAAUCAGCGAGAGCACCAGGGAACAUGUGCCGUGUGAUUGGCCGGGGCUUUACCCACAGUAACCAAUCAGGUUGGGAUGUGCUCUCCCCACACGAGGCAGGAGAGAGCGCCUGAGGGAACAGAAGCGGCGACAUGGAGUGUGGAGCGACCGGUGAGGGUUUGAGCUCCAAACACCACCGACGAGUGGAGGUGAGGCCGAGAGCAGCAGAUCCUGUUUGGGAAAGAGGGAGAGACGAUCGGACACUGAGGACACUAUCCCGGGGAAAGGUGUCUGUCCCUUUAAACAGCAGUUGGUCUGUGAUCCCCACCCGCACAGCCACUUCCUGGUUUGGGGGAAAGGUGAAAGUCCCAAACAGAGCAAAGAGCUGAUGGUGAAAUGGCGUCUGUACAGGAACUGGAGAACCUGAGAAAUGAAGCCACUUGUUCAAUUUGUCUGGAGUUUUACACGGAUCCGGUGACUAUAGACUGUGGCCAUAACUUCUGCAGAGACUGUAUUUUACAGUGUUGGGGCACAGGGCAAGAAAGUGUGUCCUGUCCUCAGUGCAGGCAGCAGAUUCCCCAGAGGAGUGUUCUGUCCAACAGAACUCUGUCUAACAUUGUAGAGAGUGUUCAGAGACUGAGCCUGAAUCCGAGGCUGGAAGAGGUGGGAAUCCAGUGUGAAGAGCAUGAGGAGAAGCUGAAACUGUUUUGUGAAAUGGAUCAAAGAGCGAUCUGUGUGGUCUGUGCGAUGUCCCGUGAUCACAAGGAUCACACAAUCAUUCCCAUUAAGGAAGCAGCUGAGCUCCACAAGCAAAAGCUGCAGAAAGCCCUGGACACUCUUCAGAAACAGUUGGAUGAAAUGUCUCAGUGUCAGAGAGAAGAAGGAGCUUCUCAACUGGAAGUGAAGAGACAAGCCGAGCGUUUGAAGAAGAACAUCGACGCUGAAUUUGCCAAACGUCACCGGCUGCUGACUGAGGAGCAGCGAGACCUGAUCACCAAACUCAGACAGCAGGAGGAGGCCAUCUUAGGACAAAUAGAAAACAAUAAGAGUGACAUUUCCAAGCAAAUUACUUCUAUUAACCAGAGAAUAGCAGAAAUCCAGACAAGACUGACUCUCCAGAACACCGAAUUCCUGAAGGAUAUCAUAUCCAUCAUUGACAGGUCUGGCGUUGACAUCAAGAAACCCACAAAGGUGUCUGUUGAUGUGGCCGAGAGGGAUCUCAUUGGGUCUCUGCAGAGCAGAGAGUGGAAACUCCUAUUAAAGGGCAUCACUGCAGCUCCAGCCUCUCUGACUCUGGAUCCUAACACAGCCCAUCCCCGGCUCAUCCUGUCUGAGGACCGGACCCGAGUGAGAGCCGGUGACAAAGAUCAGCAGGUUCCUGACACACCGGAGAGGUUCAGUUUCUGGCCCAGUGUCCUGGGGUCUGAGGGGUUCACAUCAGGGAGACAUUACUGGGAGGUGGGGGUGGGGAACAGCACAGCCUGGACAGUGGGGGUGGCCCGAGAUUCUGUGCCCAGGAAGGAGUAUUUCACACAUGGACCUGAGGCUGGAGUCUGGGCUGUGGGGCUGUACAAUGGGAAAUAUAAAGCUCUAACCUCACCUCCUACCCCCCUCCCCCUGAGGGUGAGCCCCCGGGUGCUGGGCGUGUACCUGGACUAUGCGGGAGGACAGGUGUCGCUGUACGACGCCGACCACAUGUCUCAUCUCUUCUCUUUCACCCACACGUUCACUGGGAAACUCUUCCCUUAUUUCCACACGAACCGUCGUGCCGAUCUUACACUGAACCCCGUGUCUGUCCCUUUAAGCAGCAGUUGGUCUGUGAUCCCCACCCGCACAGCCACUUCCUGGUUUGGGGGAAAGUCCCAAACAGAGCAAAGAGCUGAUGGUGAAAUGGCGUCUGUACAGGAACUGGAGAACCUGAGAAAUGAAGCCACUUGUUCAAUCUGUCUGGAGUUUUACACGGAUCCGGUGUCUACAGACUGUGGCCACAACUUCUGCAGAGACUGUAUUUUACAGUGUUGGGGCACAGGACAAGGAAGUGUGUCCUGUCCACAGUGCAGGCAGCAGAUUCCCCAGAGGAGUGUUCGACCCAACAGAACUCUGUCUAACAUGGUUGAGAGUGUUCAGAGACUGAGCCUGAAUCUGAGGCUGGAAGAGGUGGGAAUCCAGUGUGAAGAGCAUGAGGAGAAGCUGAAACUGUUUUGUGAAACGGAUCAAAGAGCAAUCUGUGUGGUCUGUGCGAUGUCCCGUGAUCACAAGGAUCACACACUCAUUCCCAUUCAGGAAGCUGCUGAGCUCCACAAGCAAAAGCUGCAGAAAGCCCUGGAAACCCUUCAGAAACAAUUGGAUGCAAUGUCCCAUUGUCAGAGAGAAGAAGGAGCAGCUCAACUGGAAGUGAAGAGACAAGCCGAGCGUCUGAGGAAGAACAUCGACGCUGAAUUUGCUAAACGUCACCAGCUGCUGACUGAGGAGCAGCGAGACCUGAUCACCAAACUCAGACAGCAGGAGGAGGCCAUCUUAGGACAAAUAGAAAACAAUAAAAGCCACAUCUCUAAGCAAAUUACUUCUAUUAACCAAAGAAUAACGGAAAUCCAGACAAGACUGACUCUCCAGAACACCGAAUUCCUGAAGGAUAUCAAAUCCAUCAUUGACAGGUCUGGUGUUGACAUCAAGAAACCCACAAAAGUGUCUGUUGAUGUGGCUGAGAGGGACCUCAUUGGGUCUCUGCAGAGCAGAGAGUGGAAACUCCUGUUAAAGGGCAUCACUGCAGCUCCAGCCUCUCUGACUCUGGAUCCUAACACAGCCCAACCCCGGCUCAUCCUGUCUGAGGACCGGACCCGAGUGAGACUCGGUGACAGAGAUCAGCAGGUUCCUGACACCCCGGAGAGGUUCAGUAACUAUUACAGUGUCCUGGGGUCUGAGGGGUUCACAUCAGGGAGACAUUACUGGGAGGUGGGGGUGGGGAACAGCACAUAUUGGACAGUGGGGGUGGCCCGAGAGUCUGUGCCCAGGAAGGAGUAUUUCACACAUGGACCUGAGGCUGGAGUCUGGGCUGUGGAGCCGGUCAAUGGGAAAUAUCAAGCUCUAACCUCGCCUCCUACCCCCCUCCCCCUGAGUGUGAGCCCCCGGGUGCUGGGCGUGUACCUGGACUAUGUGGGAGGACAGGUGUCGCUGUACGACGCCGACCACAUGUCUCAUCUCUUCACUUUCACCCACACGUUCACUGGGAAACUCUUCCCUUACUUCAGCGUUGGUCGUAACACCGACCUGACACUAAACCCCUGACGGGUGAGGGCAACCAAUCAGAGAGAGUUUACGGGGGUUACCGGACGGAGAGCAGAGGAGACGUAGGAACAGAGAAACAGGAGGAGGCCAUUCAGCCCCUCGAGCCUGUUCGGCCAUUGUAUAAGAUCACGGCUGAUCUGUGCCUCAACCCCAGUUACCGGCCUUUGCCCCGUAUCCCUUAACACCCCGACCUGACAAACAUCUCCCCACCUCCGUCUGGACAGUGUGAAUGGAUCCAACCAUAAUCCACAGCCUUUUGGGGGAGAGAAUUCCAGGUUCCCAUUGGCCUUUGGGUGUAAAACUGCCCCUAAUUUCACCCCUAAAUGUCCCGGCUCUAAUAUUAAGAUAAUGCCCCCCUUGUUCUGGACUUCCCCCCAACAAGGGACCAAGUUUCUCUGUAUCUACACUAUCGAAUGUCUUUAUUGUUUAAACAUCCUCAAUUAGAUCACCCUCGUCCUUCUAAACUGAUGAUGUCCUGACGUGAAUGGCGCUGUUACAAAUAUCAUUUUGUUUUGUGUUGUGUUGGUAUCACAAUAAAAUGGACGGAUGUACAAUC